GCCCGAACCACCUCCGUCUGUCCUCCACCUCCAUCUUUCCUCCUCCCACCCCUCAUUUGUCGUCCCCCCCACUCCUUCUCUUCCUCCUCCUUAGGUUUUACACUUCUCUCCGAUUGUUGCUGUUUUUUUUCUUCCGGUUGGGUUCCUGUCCAUCUCUCCCCCGGAGUCCACCAUGUCGUUGCCCCUGGAGCCACCGACGUAUCUCAGCUCGCUGCAGAACAACAUCCGAGCUCGCCCUAUUCCUUGGGAGGGUGCUGUCCGAGCUGGCAACAUUACCGAUGAACACCUGAAGAAGAUCAAGGCGGUGGACAAGGUUCGCAAGGAGCAACGACGUCAGACAGUUGAAGGCGACCUGGCUGGGUAUGUUAGUCUGCUGGCAGGCGGGCCCGAGAGCAAGAGUGUACUGGACUCCGCCGCCCGACGGACCGACAUCGUGCAAUGUAUCCUCGUGCUGGCCGCGGAUUUGAUCAACGAUGUUCCCUCCCUUGCGACGGCUCUGGUUGCCCACCCUGAUCCUUACAAGCCAUUCCUCCCCCUCUUGCGUCAUUCGACUAAUGCUGAAGAUCCCAUUCCUCUGCUCACCUCUACAUUCUUGACCAACCUGGUAUCCGUCAGUCUGUUCGCAUCUUCGAAGCCAGCGCCGCGGGAUGAUGAGGCUCUUCCGCAGCUGUACACCUACCUCUCCACUCUGACCCAGAAUCAAGACAGCGGGCUGCAGGAUAUCGGGGUUCAGGAGCUGUCCGCACUUCUUCGCACCACUAGAGCUCGCGAACUCUUCUGGCAGCAACGCAAACAGACUGUUGAUCCUCUGAUCGAGAUCCUGCGGGCUGCGACGGGCUCUAAGGAUAGCAGCUCUAGCACCCUGGCGGGCAGUACGCGCGGAAUUGAGCCUGGUCUUGCUGGCGGAAUUGGACUUCAACUCUUGUACAGGGUAUUGUUGGUGCUAUGGCAGCUGAGCUUUGAGGGCAGUCUGGUUGGAGAUGACCUGCAAAAUGAUUACGAGUUCGUUCAGGUCUACACCCACCUCCUCCGCCUGUCCCCAAAGGAGAAGACGACGCGACUCCUCCUUGCCACGCUCAAUAAUCUUCUUUCCAGCAACCGCACGACUCUGCUUCCGGUCGCCGUCUUUGUUCGCCUGCCUGCGCUGCUGACGAACCUCUCGGGUCGCCACUUGACCGAUGAAGACCUGCUGGAGGACCUUCAAGCUCUGACGGAGCUUCUGGAUGAAUAUACCAAGACGCAGACGACGUUUGAUCAAUACGCGGCUGAACUGCAGUCGGGCCAUUUGCGGUGGUCGCCUCCUCACCGGAACCCCACCUUCUGGAAGGACAAUGCACGCCGCAUCCUGGACGACAACAACGGCGCACUGCCCAAGAAGCUCGCAGAGAUUCUGUCCAAGAGCUGGGACAAUGACAAGCAGGUUCUGGCGAUCGGCUGCAACGAUGUGGGCCAUUUGGUAAAGGAGCUUCCAGAGCGGCGGGCACAGCUGGAGAAAUUGGGCCUAAAGACGCGGGUGAUGGAACUGAUGGCAGAUAAGGACGAAGCAGUCAGGUGGGAGAGCUUGCGAGCUGUUGGAGAAUGGCUCCGUUAUACUUUUGACGACUAAUUGGGGGAAGACGCCAUUUGAUUUCGACUUGUCCUUGCUCUUGUUUAUCAAGUUUAUAUCGUCUGUAUGUAUUGGGUCUAGACGAGCCACCCCGG